CUGUUUAUGUCCAAAUUCUUCUGCAAUUUCAAUAUUUCAUGUUUACGUGGAGGCUUGGAAAUGGCCACACUAACAAGAACGUCGUUCAACCCAAAUAAAAAACCGUGCGAUCCUGAAAGAUGGAUUUGUAUCUAUCCAGCGUAUAUUGAUAGCAGCAGAACAAGAGUUGCUGGCCGUCGAGUUCCCAAAUCCCGUGCCGUUGAACGACCUACUUGUGUAGAAAUUAGUGAUGUUCUGACAGCUGCCAAUUUCACAGUUGGAAUUGAACCUAAAUUCUAUUCAAGAGAGGCAAGCAAAGAGGAAGAGACCAGAGGGCGAGUCAGGGUGCAAUUAAAAAAUGAAGAUGGAACACUCGUCAAUCCAGCCUUUCCUACUCGGGACUCUUUGUUUUUGUACAUAGGAGAGAAGAUUCCCCAUCUUAAAAGCAGAGUCUUUAAAUCAAGUGGGGAACAAUCCACCAGCCAGAGUGGUGGAAAGAAAAAAGGGAAAGGAAGACGUUGAUUCAAUUAUCUGCAACAAAGUGUACAGAGGAACCAAUAAAGUUACCUUAUUGAUAAUAUA